AUGACUGAAAAAGAUAAUGAAGUGUUGGCUGAUUGCAGUCAGCACUCAGCCGAUAUGCACAAGAAAUUCUACCCUAUGAACAUUUCUGUGGUGCGAAAGCGUACGGAAAGUCCGGGAAUAAUCUUACAGUUAAGUGUUUUGCUGUGGUUAACCCUACAAAAUUCGGCACAUACAUUGCUAUUGCGGUAUUCGAGAGUACGAGUUGUCGAGAAGGUGUUCCUUCCAUCAGUUGCUGUGUUUUUCACUGAAAUUCUCAAAUUAAUCACCUGCCUACUUUUCAUCACUUAUGAAGAAAAGAGCAUAUGCAGCAUGUUUGGUCUUGUGAAGCGACAGGUGUUUUAUAAUCUGAAAGAUACUUUCAAAGUUUGCAUUCCUGCAGUGAUCUAUAUUAUACAAAACAAUCUUUUUUAUGUGGCAGCAUCUCAUCUGGAAGCAGCAACAUAUAUGGUGACUGCACAGUUGAAAAUUUUCACAACAGCAAUAUUUGCAGUAAUUAUGUUGAAUAGGAGCAUUAUUAGGAAGCAGUGGCUAGCUCUUGGUAUACUUUUUGUUGGUGUAUGUCUUGUUCAGUUAGACCAACAAGGAACAAAGAAAACGUUGUUCAUCAGUGAUCCUUAUUUAGGACUUUUGGCUUCUGUCUCUGCAUGCAUCCUUUCCGGUUUUGCAGGAAUAUAUUUCGAAAAAAUUUUGAAAAACAGUCCAUCUGUGUCGGUGUGGAUGCGUAAUGUGCAGUUGGCAAUGUUUGGAAUACCCUCAAGUUUCACUGCUUCCAUUAUGAAGGAUCAUGAUACAAUUCUUAAUGAAGGUAUGCUGUAUGGUUUUGAUAUGCUAGUUUGGGUUGUUGUUUUCUGGUAUUGCAUUGGUGGUUUAUCCGUUGCAGUAUGUAUUAGAUAUUCUGGCAACAUAGCGAAAAAUUUUGCAACAUCAGCUGCUAUCAUUAUGAGUAAUCUGGCUGAACUACUUUUGGGAAAAUUAAAUUUUUGUCAGAAUUGA